AUGCGCUUCAGAAACACUAUCAAAACGCCCUUUUCAUGGGGUCGAAAGUAUUCUAAAUCUUUGAAAAUAAGUAAGCCGGUGUUGUACGGCGACGAGGUAUCACCACCGGUUAGGUUUGUGAUGAUGACGGCGUCUUUACUUAAAAUCGAGUUGGAAUUUAUACAAAUUGAUUUGUUCUCAGGCGAGAAUAGAAGUGAAUCUUACGCUAAAAUUAACCCACUGAAGAAAGUCCCAGCGUUAGCAGUCGACAAUAACAUUAUUUUGGACAGCCACGCCGCAGCUAUUUAUUUGUGUCAGACACUAUCAAGUCAACAUCUAUAUCCAAAUGAUAUUAUACUGAGAGCCAAGUUAAAUGAAAUGUUAUUUUAUAAUUCUAGCACACUUUUUCGACUGGAUAGUGAAAUUCUUUCUCAAUAUUUUGCUGGAAAGUUAGACGAAACCAAAAAAAUUGAGGAAUGGCAACAUGCAUUAGAUUAUUUGGAUUCAAGGUUGGAGAAAAAUAUCUGGCUUACUGGCAAUAAGAUGAAUUUAAGUGAUCUGUGUCUUAUGUCUACGAUAACGUCGAUGCAGCAGUUAUUUCCACUAACGAAUCGUCAUAGAAAAUUACUUAGUUGGAUUAAUAGAUUCGAUAAUGUUCCGGAAGUUAAGGAAAUAAAUAACCGAGGUUUAAGAAAAUUAAAACAUUACAUCGAUUUAUUUGAUAGGACUAAAAGAUCAGAUAAAUUUUAA